AUGUCUAAAAUUGAUGUUAUUCAACGACUUUUUCGUCGAGCUGCUGAAGAAAACGAUGGCACUCGUUUGAUUCAAGCUUAUACUGCAGAGACAGGCAUUAAAAUACUUAAUCAAACAUUUAUAUCAACAACUCGAACUCGUCCGAUUGCCGAAGAAUAUAUUCUUGAUCUUAACAAUGGAAAAAAAUAUAAAGUGAUGAUCACAUUCAAAAUAUGUAAAAUUUAUACAGCAUUAAAUCUAGAAAAUGUAUCGGAAUUUCAACACGAAGAAGAAAUAUGA